GGGAACAUCAUUCGGUCUAAACAGGGAUUAUAAUAGUUUUGUGAAAUCCUAGAAUAUUUUACCGCAAAACUGUUAAAACAACACGAAUGAUAGAGGCAAAUAGAAUAGGAAAACAAUGUCUAACAACAGUGGAGGUUCUGGGCAUGACGUUCACAGUUUUUACGGUAAGAAAGCGUCCAAGUUGAUCCGAAGCCUCAAAGAAAAAAUAGAGCGUCGCGAGGAAGAAUUCAGCACGCGGCCAGUGCCUGACAUGUGUCCACGGUACGGUAUUUUGGGACCGUGUCCUGCAUGGGAUGUUUUCCCGACACAGCUCGCUGCUCUGGACCAAGCUGAGCAAGACCCUACGCUCUUCGUCUUCGCGUUCGAGUCCUCAACUUUCGGUGGCGCCGGUAAACGACAGUUCGUUGUGGCAGACCCCAGAGUUUUUUAUGAUAAUUUUAGAAAUAGGCCGUUGGCCCAGCGUACCGCUUAUGAGGUUAUUCCUGUUCACAGACGCUCAAAGUUGUAUUUUGACUUGGAAUUUGAGAAGGAUUUGAACGAAAGCAAGGAUGGCGUGGCAAUGACGAAAGUUCUCAUCUCCAUAGUACAGCAUUUAAUCGAGAGCACCUACAACGUUCCUUGUCCUCAUGAAAAAAUUGUGAAUCUCGAUAGUUCAACGAGCAAAAAAUUCAGUAAACAUCUCAUUUUUGACUUGGAAUCAAUUGCUUUUAAAAACAAUUUAAACGUUGGAAAUUUUGUUCGCAGCCUCUGUGAGAAAAUUACCAAGUCAUGCACCGAUAAUUCAACGACAGACCUAACCCAAUCGAUAGACCACGACUUUCAUUCUUUAUUUGUCAAUACGAAGGACGGACAUAAGGCCUUGUUCAUUGAUCAGGGAGUGUACAGUAGAAACAGAAACUUCCGUCUAUAUCAAGCAACAAAAUAUGGCAAAAAUACUCCUCUGCUAUUGGCUCAUGACGCGACAGGCUUCACGUUCAACAGUAAUGACGAAGAUAUUUUCUUGGCCUCUCUCGUAACGUUCGUAUCGCCCUCGUGUCGAACAGUGACGUUUGGUGACCAAGAACUGACCGAUCGUCCCAAACCCGCCUUAUCGUCACUCAAUAAUGUAAAAUGUGCGGCCAGACUAGCUAGCAAAAGUCCUUUCGAAGAAUUGGACGAUUUUAUAUCAAAUCAAAUCAACGGAGGGACCAUCCGGAGAUGGACAUACUUCGACAAAACCCAGACGAUUGUAUACACGAUUGAAGGUUACCGUUAUUGCCACAACAUAGGGCGUGAACACAAAAGCAACGGCAUUUUCUACGUGGUCAACAUCGCGACCAUGACGUGGUACCAAAAGUGUUUCGAUCCUGAAUGUCGUGGUUACAAAUCUGCAGAGUGGGAACUGCCAGCUCAUUCUGUGCCGUGGUCACGCGGCGCCGACGAGGCGGACUGGUCGAACAACAGCUCUGAUGAAUCCAAGUCAACUCCACAAAAUGAAACUCAAUGGUCGAAGGAAUGGUGGGAUGAUGAAUAUGAUGUAAUGAUGCAAUCUGCAGACAUCGAUCUGCUGGGCAGAUCUGGUUACUAACACUCGUAUCGCAUUUAUAAUUAAAUUGUUUUCACCAUCCAAUUACACGCAUACUUUUACAAUCUUCUUUUUUUUAAUGAUUACGAGUUAGAUUUGAAAGUGUUUGUUUCUUAAUAUUGUCAUGCUGUACAAAUAACUCAAUGAAAUUUUUCACAAGCUUU